AUGCGAAGGCCAGGCGAAAACGCGACCCAACUUCCGAACCAACAUAUUUCAUUCCACAAAGGAAACGACAAGAAACUAGGAGGCGUAGGAUUCCUGAUUCACAAGAAACUAAAAGGCAACAUCACUGAGUUUCACGCGACGUCGGACAGAGUUGCUUCAGUCACAAUUAAGAUCUCAAAACGGUACGACAUCAAAAUCAUACAAGCCUAUGCUCCAACAUCACUAUCAUCACAGGAUGCUCUUGACGAUUUACGAACCGCACUACAACGCAAGAAAGCACACUUUAACAUCAUAAAGGGCGACUUCAAUGCAAAUGAACGUGGCGACGAUCUUGUGAAUUUCGCGACAACCAACAACUUCAAAAUCACAAACACGUUCUACAAAAAGAAACAGAACCGAAGAUGGACUUGGCGUAGCCCAGAUUUUGAAACUUUCAACGAAAUUGACUACGUCCUUGUCGACAAAUCCAACAUUGUCAAAAACACAGAGGUUCUCAACAGAGUUGGCAUCGACAGUGACCAUCGAAUGUUCGAGAAAGAUUUCCAAAUAGACCUCAAAAAUCGUUUUGCCGUUCUGGAAGAACUUGAAGAAGAAAACAACAACAAUGAGGUAAAUGUCAACGACUUAAACAACAUCAAACCAAUGAUCGCUGCCGGAAAAAAACUGGAAAACCACUUCCAAAAGAACCGACAAGUUCUCAAAUGA